AUGAGAAUUAAGGGAAUCCCAGAAAUUGUGUUUAUGAGAAACCUAUACAUAGAUCAAGAACCUGUCAUCCAGACAGAACACAGGAUACUUGAUAUUAAUGUGGAGGAGGGCCGGAACAUACUGGAAAUUGUACAAGACUACUUUGAAGAAAAAAGUCUUCCCAAUGAUUUUAGCACAGAGUCUAUAAGACAGAUCUCCCAUUCACAAUCUGAAAUAAAAGAAACUUAUAUUCAGUCACCAAGCAAAGAGAAAUCACAUCUAGAUUCAUUUCAAGUAUCUUCAGAAGAUGAAGAUUGCUGUAUGCAGUUUGCUGUGUCAGAAGAAGAUGUAAUAAGAUCAGUUCAGACUGAUAAAGUUUUUCAGGAAGUUGUAGCAACUGAUGUGGAUUCUGAAAAUACGUCUGACUUGAAAAAGGUGUCAAAUAAAAAACUAAAUGUCCAACACAACAAAGCUGAUGAAGAAUUUUACCUCUCUGUUCGCUCUUCAGCUGUCGAUUUGGAGGCAAAUACAUCUUUAUCAAAAAAUGUUGUUCCAUCUGUUUCCCAAAAAGGAGAGACUUACACUUUUGAAAAUUCAGUAAACAUGCAAUCUCCUAAUACAAAGAUUUCUUAUAAAAUAAAGAAAAGGCUAAACUUUGAAGAUAAAGUCAUUUUGAAGAAAGUGGAAAAAGAAGAUAAUGUGUCAGUAGAACCAUCAGGAAGGAAACCAUCAGGAACAUUUCAGAAAAGAACUAAAAAUUCAGAAAUUGAAUUUCAACCACAAGCUAAAAAGAGUUUUUCAACAUUGUUUAUAGAGACUGUACAAAGACAAAAUGAGUCUAGUUCUGUUACUAGGCAUGUAACAACCGCUCCACUUCAUUCUUCUUCUCCAAAUGGUGUGAAGUUGCUAGAGGAUGAAUUUAUAAUUGAUGAGUCAAAGACAAGUUUUGCUCAUCAGUCUUGGAUUAAGAUACCAAGAAAGGUAAAACCUUCAAAACAAUGCCCAGUAUCUCCUGUUCGCCUGCAAGGAAGAGAAUCAGUAGAAAAACAUCACAGUACAACUUCUGAGAUAUUGACAAGUAACACACAUUCCAAUGAGACUCAUCCAGUAGAGAAAUCUCAUGUCUCCAAAGAGGGGAAACUGGGUAGAUCUUGUGCCUCAACAGAUAAACUGGAGAAUAAUUGUAAGCCUGUAAAUGAUACCAUGUAUCCUCAGAGUACAGAAGCAUCAUCCGAGAUUAAAAGGACUAUACAACAAAAGCGAAAAAGAAAAAUUAACAGCAACGCAGUUGAAGAAGAACUUAAUAUGGAACAACCUAAAGAUAAAAAUAGAAAUAUAUCACCAACUGCUGAUGCGAAGUUAGGGGGAGAGUUGGACAAAAAUGUAGAACUGUGUGAAGAAAUUAGGAAUCCUAUUUCAAAGAAACAGAUGACACAUAGAACUCAGAAAAAAUCUAAGGAAAAAAUAAAAAAGAAGCCAUCCUCAAAUGGUCCCAAGAAGGAAGUGGUACCUGAAGAAGUGCCUGUGAUUUUAACAAAAAGUCAGAGAAUUUCCAGGCGGCCAUCUAAUUGGUGGGAGGUAUCAUCAGUACAUAGUCCUGUUAAUAGCAAUUCUUUUAUAAAUAAUGAGUUUUCAGUCAAUCGGAACAGUAGAGUAAAACCUGCUCAAAAACCAAAUUGCCUGUCUAAGAAGGCUGGGGAGAAAACUACUCAGGUUAAUAGGCAGAAGACAGCUACUCAGCACAACUCAAGAGCACAGAAGAUUUUAAAUGCUGAAAAUUCUGUAGAUACUAUUGACCAUGAUGACAUCUCUAGUUCCCAGAAUGAAUCAUUAGAAUGUGACAAGGCAGACUUGAUUGAGAAGAAAAAUCUUGAUCAUCCUGGAUCUGGAAACUCAAAGGAUCAAGACAGUUCACCGGAUCAAAACAAUAUAGAUAGUAUUACAACAGCACAAAGUUUUCAUAUAAACUCUCAGACUAGUGGUUAUUCAUGGAAGAAAGGAAAAAGUUUUACACCAUCACAGACUUUGAUUUUCAAUGAAAGUGGACCUAUUCUCCAGACAUGUAAGACAUCUGAAAAGAAUGAUUCUGAUACAAGACUAAAGGAAGCUCAGAAAAGUUCAGAUGGCUCAAGAGCAAAAAUAUCUAAAGUAAUAACAGAGAACAAAAUACAUAGCAAAUUAGUAUUGCCGUCUGACACACCAAACGUUCGCAGGACCAAGAGAACACGUUUGAAACCUUUGCAAUACUGGCGAGGGGAGCGAAUAGAUUAUAAAGCAAGACCAUCAGGAGGAUUUGUGAUUGGUGGGAUACUAUCCCCAGUAGUGACACUUAAAGAAGAGAAGGCGGCAAAUAAAGAAACAAGAAAAGUCAACAAAAUAACUAAUAGGAAAAGAAUUUGUCUUGAUGAACGUGAAGGAAUAAAUAGAAUAUUGGCAAAUGUGAACAUACCUUUAGGAGAUCCUUCUCAGCCAACGUUGGUGAAGGACCCAGAAACAAGAGAGAGUAUUUUCAUGGAGCUCAUAAGGCCACGAGAUACGUGUCAAUUUUUUUUUGAGUGCAAGGAGUUAAAAGUACAUAAGAUACUAGACACACCUUUUUUUUCUACUGGAAAAUUGAUACUAGGACCAUAUCAAGAAAAGGGAAAGCAGCAUGUUGGUCUAGAUACAUUGAUUUUCUUUGUGAACUUCGGUAAACUUUUAUGUACCUUACAUGAAACUCCUUAUCUAAUCAGUACUGGAGAUUCAUUUUAUGUUCCUUCAGGCAAUUAUUACAACAUCAGAAAUCUGCUUAAUGAAGAAAGUAUUCUUCUAUUUACACAGAUAAAAAAUUAA